GUCGUGGAGACAGGUAUAAAUCUGUGCUGCUGCGGAUUCACAGACACUCACAGGAAGAGACACACAGACCGUCAGGAUGGAGGUGAAGCUGCUGCUUCUGACUGUGGUUAUUCUCUCCUCACCGCUCCUCACACUAUGUCAACCACUAUUUGUUCUGUCGGCUCCUAACUUGCUGAGGGUGGGCUCCUCUGAGAAAGUGUUUGUGGAGGCUCAGGAUUACACUGGACCAGCUUUUGAAGUGAAGAUCAUAGUUAAGAACCACCCCAAAAAAGACAGGGAGAUACUGUCUCAAUCAGUGAGACUGACUGCAGAGAACAACUUCCAAAUCCUUAAAGAUAUAAAGAUCCCUGAUGAUCAGAACUUAUUCUCUGACGAUCCUCUGGAGAAGCAGUAUGUGUAUCUACAAGCUCAGUUUCCAUCCACCACUCUGGAGAAAGAGGUCCUACUCUCAUUCCAGUCUGGAUAUAUUUUUGUACAAACAGACAAACCCAUCUACACCCCUGCUAGCACAGUUCAGUACAGGAUUUUCUCUUUGACGCCCAACCUGGAACCACUCAGUCAGUCGGGAAUCACAGUGGAAAUAAUGAAUCCUCAAGGCAUCACAAUUUCAUCAGAGAAGAUAUUUCCAGUCAAAGGAAUGAAGUCCGGAAAAUAUGCCAUUCCUGAGAUUGCCAGUCCUGGAAUCUGGAAGAUUAUCACACUGUUCUCAAACACUCCUCAGAAGAAGUUUACUGCAGACUUUGAGGUCAAAGAAUAUGUACUUCCAACAUUUGAAGUCAAAUUAAAGCCCAGCAAGUCAUUCUUCUAUGUGGGUGAUCAGAGUCUGACAGUCGACAUUGAAACCAAGUACCUGUUUGGACAGAAGGUGGAUGGCAAUGCGUUUGUGGUGUUUGGUGUGAUGGACGGUGAGAAGAAAAUAAGUAUUCCUACAUCUCUGCAAAAAGUUCUGAUCAUUAAUGGAGAGGGUUCUGCAGAACUGACAAAUCAGAUGAUCACUAAGACCUUUCCAAAAAUUGACCAGCUGGUUGGACAAUCAAUCUAUGUUUCUGUCAGUGUUUUAACAGAAAGUGGCAGUGAAAUGGUGGAAGCAGAAAGGAGAGGUAUUCAGAUUGUGACGUCACCGUACACCAUCCACUUCAAAAAAACAACACAAUUCUUCAAACCUGGAAUGCCCUUCGACAUCUCGGUAUAUGUAACAAAUCCUGACCAGACGCCUGCUGUGAAUGUGGAAGUGGAAGUGGUAGUGGUGGGCAGUCAGGGGGCUGUCAAAGGUCAAACAAAACACAAUGGCAUUGCGAAGGUUACAGUCAACACUCUGGGAAGAUCUUCUACACAAGAGAUCACUGCAAAGACCAAAGAUCCACAAUUAACAGACGAUCAGCAGGCAGUGAAGAAGAUGACAGCUCAUGCCUACAUUCCCUACAGUCCCAAUGAUGGCUCCAAGAACUACAUGCACAUUGGAAUUGAUGCUGCUGAGCUUCAGAUGGGUGAUUCAAUGAAAGUCUUUCUGAACACUGGACAAAGUCCAGGAGUCAAAGAUCAAGACUACACAUACAUGAUUUUAAGUAAAGGUCAGAUUGUAAGCGUAGACAGGUUUAAGCGAAGAGGACAAUCUUUAGUGUCUCUGCUUGUGCCUGUAACCAAAGAAAUGGUGCCAUCCUUCCGCUUUGUGGCUUAUUACCAUGUGGGCUCAUCUGAGGUGGUUUCUGACUCAGUCUGGGUCGAUGUGAAAGACACUUGCAUGGGAAAGCUCCAAGUUAAGGUUAAGGAAAAGAUGAACACCUAUGACACAGGAGAUGAGGUGAAGCUGGAAAUAACUGGAGAUCCUGGUGCUAAAGUUGGUUUAGUGGUGGUUGACAAGGCUGUGCAAGUCCUUAAUAAGAACAGACUCACUCAGACUCAGAUCUGGGACAUCAUAGAGAAGCAUGACACCGGCUGUACUGCAGGAGGUGGGAGGGACCGUAUGGGGGUUUUCACUGAUGCAGGUCUGAUGUUUCAGUCCAACACUGCAGGAGGCACCAACAUCAGAACAAUGCCUGACUGUCCCAAACCUCCAAAGAGAAGACGAAGAGCUGAGAGUCUCCUGAAGAUCACUAGUACACUGACUGAAAAAUACUCUGAACUACCUGAACUGAAACAGUGCUGUGUUGACGGGAUGAGGGAAAAUAAACUCGGCUAUUGUUGUGACCGAAGAUCCAGGUACAUAGUCGAUGGAAAAGCGUGUGUAGAUGCCUUCCUGCACUGCUGCAACCAGAUGAAAACCCAAAAGGACAUGGAGGAUAAAGAGGAGGAGUUGCUUCUGGCUCGUAGUGAUGAUGAUGAUGACUAUUAUACAGACUCUGAAGAGAUUGUGUCACGAACACAGUUCCCUGAGAGUUGGCUUUGGGAGGAGAUUGAUCUAUGUGACAAAUGUGAAAUACCAACCAAAGAAAAGGUGAUCUACCUGAAAGACUCUAUCACUACCUGGCAGAUCUUGGCUGUCAGUCUGUCACCAACACUUGGCAUCUGUGUGGCAGAACCUGAGGAGAUGGUUGUUUUUAAAAGCCUUUUCAUUGACCUCAAGAUGCCUUACUCAGCUGUGCGCAGCGAACAACUGGAAAUCAGGGCCAUUAUUCACAACUACACCCCAAAGAAGCAGAAGGUUCGUGUGGAGUUCAUGGAAACAGAAGAUGUCUGCAGCUCUGCCAGUAAGAAAGGCAAAUACAGAACGACAGUAAAUGUUGACAAAGGCUCCAGCAUAUCCGUGUCGUAUGUGAUUAUUCCCAUGACACUGGGAAAUCACAUGAUUGAGGUGAAAGCUUCAGCAUAUGAUUCUAUCUACACUGAUGGAGUGAGAAAGCCGCUGAAAGUGGUGGCUGAGGGUGUGCUGGUUCCAUUACAAAGAGAAAACGUGGAGCUCAAUCCAUCUAAGAAUGGAGAUAAACCUAUUCUUCUUAAAGGUGCAAUACCAGCUGAUCGGGUUCCAGACACACCUGCUAACACGUACAUCUCAAUAACUGGUGAGGAGAUCGGUCAGACCAUCGAGCAGGCCAUCAGUGGAGACUUCAUGGGUCGCCUUAUUGUCCAACCCAGUGGAUGUGGAGAGCAGAACAUCAUCAGAAUGACUCUACCUGUCAUUGCCACCCAUUAUCUGGACAACACCAAUCAGUGGGAGGCUGUUGGCAUGGAGCGCCGUACUGAAGCCCUUAACCAUAUCAGAACAGGUUAUCAAGGGGAGUUGAGCUACCGUAAACCAGAUGGUUCCUAUUCUGUAUUCCAAACCAGUCAAAGCAGCACAUGGUUGACAGCAUAUGUGGCCAAAGUCUUCUCCAUUGCCUAUAACCUUGUUACUAUAGAGGAAAAUGUGAUCUGUAGCGCCCUCAAGUGGCUGGUUCUCCACAAACAACUGCCAGACGGCUCCUUUAAAGAGGAUUCAGCUGUGGGUUCAUCAGGAAUGGUGGGCAAAAAUGCAGAUGGCUCUCUAACGGCCUUUGUUGUGAUUGCCAUGCAAGAGGGCAGAGAGAUCUGUGCUGAAUCUGUUUCUAGUCUGCGAGAUAGUAUCAGAAAGGCUGUUUCCUUCUUGGAAGGUCGACUUCCACAAAUGACCAAUCCUUACACUGUUGCGAUGACAUCCUACGCCAUGGCCAAUGAGAACAAACUUAGAAAAGACAUCUUGAUGAGACACUCCACCCAACAAGAAGCUGGUCUGUCCUGGACUGUCCCUGAACAGCGUCAUAUCUCACUAGAAGCGACGGCUUACGCUGUGCUGGCUCUUGUGAAGGCCAAAGACUUUGAUAAAGCAGGAGAGGCAGUGCACUGGAUGGCCAGACAACAGGGUCACUAUGGUGAAUAUCACACCACACAGGCAACCAUCAUGGUGUUCCAGGCUGUGGCUGAGUAUCGCACGGAGGUGAAGGACCAACAAAACUUCAAUCUGGACGUAGAGCUGUCCGUGUCAGGAAGAAGAAAACCUGUCAGAUGGACUUUUAAAAGAGAAAAUGCACAUCAUAUACGGUCAGACAGGGUGGAGAUAAAGCAGGACUUCAAUGUGACUGCUAGAGGAACUGGAAGAGCCACUCUCUCAGUUCUGACGAUGUACUAUGCCAGACCUGCUGAGAAGAAGUCUGACUGUACUUUAUUUGAUCUGACUGUUAAAAUGGAGAAAGACAAUACAACAAAUCAAGAUGGAGCCAUUGAAACUUACAAGCUCACUAUGGACUUCUACUACAAAAGUGAUCAACGCGAUGCCACCAUGUCUAUCCUGGAUAUUGGCAUACCGACCGGAUUUUCUGUGGAUAGCAGAGAUCUGCAAGAGUUGUCCACAGGGAAGGAGAGAUACAUUCAGAAAUUUGAGAUGGACAAAGUGCUUUCAGAGCGAGGAUCCCUUAUCCUCUACUUAGAAAAGGUUUUGCAUAAAGAGAAAGAAAGAAUUGCCUUCAGAAUGCACAAAAUACAAAAUGUGGGUCUGCUACAACCUGCUGCAGUCACAAUAUAUGAAUAUUACUCACCAGAUGCACGCUGUACAAAGUUCUUCCACCCUGAAAGGGAAGAUGCCGCUCUAUACAGACUGUGUAAGGGAGACCAGUGCCAGUGCGCAGAAGAGGACUGCAGUUACCAGAAGAAAAACCACGUUGAAGAUGAUGUGCGUCUCAAUAAAGCCUGUGAAGCUGGCAUGGACUAUGUUUAUAAAGUCAAGGUUGUGGGGAUGGAUCUGAAAAUGGUCACUGACAUCUAUCAAAUGAAGGUGGAACAGGUACUAAAAGAAGGUACUGAUGAGGAUGUUGAAGGGACAGUGAGAGAAUUUUUGGCUCGUCCCAGUUGCAGAGAACAUUUAGGAUUGAUAAAAGACAAGUCGUACCUCAUCAUGGGCCGAUCUGUUGACCUGCCAAAGCUCGGGGGAAGUCUGCAGUACAUCUUGGGAGAGCAGACCUGGGUUGAAUACUGGCCUACAAGAGAGGAAAGCCAAAUUCGAGAACACAGGGAUCGAUACAUUGGCAUUUCUGACCUCCAGAACAGCCUUCUCACAGAAGGAUGUGCUACAUAAUUGUAUAACCAAAAUGUGUUGAUUACAGAAAGUUAAAUGUCAUCUCUUACAAACCUUUCAUGAAUCUUCAUAGUAUUGUUUGUUCCAAAAUACUUAUAUAUACUAUACUGACUGAAUAAAAAAUUAUAAUGUUUAA